CUCAUGUUCGCCCCCUCCUCUGCGCCGUCGCCGCCGUCUCCUUCCCCAUCUCCGCCUCCGUCUCCAUCCCCAUCCCGCCUCGUGCCGCAGCUUCUGGUCGCCCUCCUCCAGCGCCGCCGCUUCGACGUCACGCUCCGGGUCUCCCCGACCUUCCCCGGCUUCUCCCCGCACUCAAUCGCCGCCGCGCUCGCCGCCAUCCCGCGCUUCCUUCUCCCGGGCUCACCGCGCCGCCUCUGCCCGCAACGGCCGUUCCCCUCCGCCUCGCACCCUUCCAACCGUCGCCUCGCCGCUGCUCUCACUCUCGCCUUCCUCUCCUGGUCGCACGCCCACGCCCACCCCCACCCCGUCCCGCUCUCCGAAGCCCCGCUCCGCGCCGCGGCGCUCGCGCUGACCCGCGCCCACGCGCUCUCGCCGCUCUUCCGCCUCCUCCGUGCGCACGCUUCGGUCGUCUCCACUGCUGCGCUCACCGACGUAAUCCGCGUGCUCGGUGAGGAAGGGCUCCCGCGCCACGCGCUCGCCGCGUUCCACCGCAUGCGCCAGCUCCACUGCGCCCCUGACGCGCAGUGCUACAACACUUUGAUCGCUGCGCUGUGCCGGAACGGGCGGUUUAGUGAUGCCCGGUUCCUGCUCGACCAGAUGGAGCGACCCGGUGCGCGCUGCAAGCCGGACACCUACACGUACACGGUGCUCAUUUCCUGGUACUGCCGCAUCGGGGUGGGCACGGGAUGCCGGAAGGCGGCACGGCGGAGGAUCUACGAGGCGGGGAGGCUGUUCAGGAGGAUGGGAGAAAAGGGGCUCGAGCCGGAUGUCGUGACUUACAACUGCUUGAUCAAUGGCCUGUGUAAAACGUACCGCGUGGAGCGCGCCCACGAGAUGUUCGAUGAAAUGCUGAGGAAGGGGUGCACGCCCAACCGGGUGACUUACAAUUCGUUCAUCAGAUACUACAGUGUGGUGAACCAGGUGGACAAGGCUGUUGAAUGGAUGAGGGAAAUGGUUGCGAGGGGCCAUGGGAUGGCCUCGUCGAGCACAUACACGCCUGUCAUCCAUUCUUUGUGUGAGAGCCGGCGUGUUACCGAGGCGAGGCAAUUCUUGAUUGAUAUGGCUGAAAGUGGACAUGUGCCUAGGGAACAUACAUACAAGCUGGUGAAGGCUGCAAUCGACGAUGCUGGUGAGGAUGCCUUGCCAGCAGGGCUAUGUCAAUCAAUUGAGGAUGGCAUUACAGCAAGGUUUCGACAGGUGAUGCAAAUUAAACCCAUAAUGCGACCAGUCACAAGAUGAUCUGAAACAAACGAGCUUAUGGAUAACCAUAAUCUGUUUGCAUGAGAGAUGCUGGUCUUGCAAGAGAAGUGUUCUUGGUUGAGAUACCUAGGAUGGUAGUGGUGCAUGGCUACAAGCUAAUAUAUGUGUAAACUAGUGCCAACUGAGUGCUCUUGUAAGAAAGGAGCAGGCAAUGAGAGCAGGGAGAAGUUUUGGCAUAUGCCUAUUCCCAAGAUAAUUUGAGGCUAUAAUAAAGUUUGUUUGCACAUAAGGU